AUGCUGUCAGUUCAUUUGUUGACGCUUAUCGCUUUGGUGACUUCGGCCAAGGCGGCAAUUUCGCCGUUCACUUCUCGGCCCCGUCUGCAAACGACGUUUUCUGGGCUGUCAGAUGUCGAGCCCUUUUCCCUACGGCUGAGUCCUGAUACGGCCAAGGUGUGCAAUAGCACCACUCCGGGCACAUCUGGCUUCAUUACAGCCGACGACGGGCAAGGAGGCAACAAUUCCAUCUUCUUCUGGGCCUUUGAGAGCAAGCAUGAUGCCAAAACAGAUCCUGUGAUUCUUUGGAUGUCGGGUGGCCCUGGUGCUUCUUCAGUCGGCUACGGGAACCUCAUGGAGCUUGGGCCAUGCCGCAUCGCUAGCGAAGGUGGAUAUACCGUUGACAAUGAGUUCGGGUGGAACGUCAAUGCCACGAUCCUCUUUGUUGAUCAGCCCGUUGGUGUAGGUUACUCCCGCGGCCAACGGAUACCGACCGGCCUUCGCGACUCAUCGCUGGCCAUGCUUCGGUUCCUCCGGCAGUUCAUGACUGCCUUUCCCGAGCUCGCGGACCGAGACUUUUACAUUGCGGGCGAGUCAUAUGGCGGGUCCUGGGUUCCGGCCCUCGCUUCAACCAUACUUAGAUCUGAAAGUCGCAGUAGUGGACAAAGAGGAGCGCUGAUGGUUCAAGAAGACGGUCCCAACCUUUCUCCAAAUUCAAGGCGAGGCCCUAAGAUUAAUUUGAAGGGCAUCAUGAUUGGCAAUGGCCUCGUCCGGCGAUCCGUGCAGAACAUUGGCUUCUUUGAAACAGUCUGUUCAGGUCCAGCUAGCCUCUUCAACUCGUCGCAAUGCCUCGAGUGGGCACCUAGAGCAAUGUGGUGCGAGGAUAACUUGGCCGUGUGUGAAGUUGAUGGCAUGAAAUCUUCCGCUUGCAAGGAUGCAGAGUCAAAAUGCAGCGCUAUCAGCAAAGUUGUCGUGGAAGACAUGCACCUCAACCCUUAUGACUUCCGACGCGAGUGCCAUGACCCAGACUCCUGUUACAGUGAGAUGCGUCACAUUGACGAGUACCUGAACCGCAGUGAUGUGAAAAUGGCGCUCGGUGUUCCUGAAAAUGAGCCGUUUGUUGGCAUCUCCUUGGAUGUGUUUAAGCAGUGGGAAGAGGUGGGUGACCUGUGGCGAGCAAGUGACGAGUAUGUCAACCACCUGUUGCAAUCUGGCAUCCGCGUUCUCAUCUACGUUGGAGACAAAGACCUUUACUGCAACGCAGCAGGCAUGCGUCUUCUUGUUGACCGAGGAUUGAGCUGGCACGGCCAGCCCAUCAUCAGACUGAGGGAACUUGUGCCGUGGUACCUCGGAACAAAAUCUGCAGGCUUGUGGAAGUCGUACGAGCCUUUGACGUAUGCCGAGGUUGCAGGAGCUGGACAUUUGGUUCCGUUCGAUAAGCCUGAGGAAGCGUUGACUUUGAUUAACAGCUGGAUCCACGGAAGGUUACCGGCUCUCUAA